AUGUGGUUAGAAGAUGGAUCAAAUGCUGUUGGUGUAGCUGUGAUCUAUGGGAUGGGAGGAAUUGGCAAGACCACCAUUGCCAAAGCUGCUUAUAACCGCAACUUUGGAAGAUUUCAAGGCAGCAGCUUUCUUGCAGAUAUUAGAGAAGCUGCAGAACAGCCCUAUGGUUUCGUUCGCUUGCAAAGGAAACUUCUUUCAGAUAUCCAAAAGGGGAAAGCAAAGAAAAUAGACAACAUAGAUGAAGGAAUAAUCAAGAUCAAACAUGCUGUAUGUAACAAAAGACUUCCUAUUGUUCUCGAUGAUGUGAACGAUUUGGAUCAAUUUAAUGCAAUUCUUGGAAUGAGAGAAUGGUUUUAUCCAGGAAGUAAAAUUAUCAUAACAACCAGACAUGAACAUUUGUUAAAAGCUCAUGAAGGUUGCACAAUGUUUGAGGUUGAAGAAUUGAAUGAGUAUGAAUCACUUGAGCUUUUCAGUUGGCAUGCCUUCGGACAACCCCAGCCUAUCGAAGGCUACAUGGAACUUUCAAGACCUGCAGUAGAACAUUGUGGAGUAAUUCCAUUAGCUCUUCAAGUUCUGGGAUCUUCUUUAUCUGGGAAAGAAGUAGACGUAUGGCAUAGUGCAUUACAGAAGUUAUGUGAAAUUCCUAAUGUCAAGAUUCAAAAAAUUCUUAGAAUAAGCUAUGAUUCUCUGCGAGAUGAUCAUGACAAAAAUAUAUUCCUCCAUAUAGCCUAUUUCUUCAUUGGAAAGGAGAAGGAUACAGGGACUGAACGAAUGCGCUACAUAAGCAUAGGUAACUUGGUGUUGUCGAUUGUUGAACCUGCAAAUCCUAACGUCAAGAUUCGAGGCUUAAACGCAUGCGUUUUAUAUGCACGACGCCCUGAUCAUAAGGGUGAUGAACGUGUUGCCAGUGAACACUUUGUUAAGGUGAGCAAUGAGACCAAGGGUCGCAUGUGGACCUAUUCCCCUGUGGCAAUGGCUCUUCCAAGAGAAAACCAAGACAUGUUAUGGCUGAGCCACUGGAUUUUCGGGGACGAUGAGUUGGAAGGCGGGGAAGAACUACGCAUUUCGGUGAAGUCAGGUUUGUGGGCAAAGGAGUUCGCGAUCCAACUUGUGCAUGAAGAAGAAAAUAAGGGUAAGGGUGUUGGAUCGCAUGGUGAAGAUAUAGUAACACUUCCUUGGAACCAAAAUGUUGUUAAGGCUGGAGAUGUGCCAGGAUCAGUUUCAGCAUCAAAAUCUGAGAUGUGA